AGGAGCAGCAAGAGCAGCCGCCGCCAAGCGCUGCCGGGUAGCCGAGCGCCGCGCCUGGGCGGGGGAGCGCACCGCGGCCCGGCGGGCACCGCUCCGCACCCCGUCCGGAGCGACCCCCAUGAGAGCAGGGGGACCUGCCCCCUGCCUGCCCGAGCACGGAGCGCUCCCCCCGCCCCUCAUGCGCCCUUAGUCCCGGCCCUGGGCCCGCCUCCCUCGCUCCCCUCCCCGCCGGCGGCGGCGGCAGCGGCGGCAGUGUCCAGGUGCGGACUUCAAACCCCAGCGCAAUGGCGUCUAACGCGGCCGAGAGGGAGAUCCUGUUCACCGAGCUACAGGGGGAUGCCAAAAGUCUCCUUACCUCUGAGAAUGUGAGCACUGGCCAAAAGUUGGACUUUGCAGAUACAAUGGUACAGCAGAAGCUGGAUGAAGUAAAGGACCAAAUCAAGCGGGAAAUACGGAAGGAACUUAAAAUCAAGGAGGGAGCAGAGAACCUCAGGAAGGUCACAACAGAUAAAAAGAACUUGGCAUAUGUGGACAACAUCUUGAAAAAGUCAAACAAGAAGUUGGAAGACUUGCAUCAUAAGUUACAGGAGCUCAAUGCACACGUUGUAACAGACCCAGAUGAUGUUGCAGAUUGUCCCAGGACUCCUGAUACUCCAAAUAGCGAUCCUCGUUUUUCUACUAACAACAGAUUGAUGGCCUUAAAGAAGCAAUUGGAUAUAGAACUGAAGGUAAAACAGGGAGCAGAAAAUAUGAUACAGAUGUACUCAAAUGGCUCUUCAAAGGAUCGAAAACUUCUUGCCACAGCUCAGCAGAUGCUCCAGGACAGCAAGACGAAAAUAGAAGUUAUAAGGAUGCAGAUUCUUCAGGCAGUGCAGACCAAUGAAUUGGCUUUUGAUAAUGCAAAACCUGUGAUAAGCCCUCUUGAACUCCGAAUGGAAGAAUUACGGCAUCACUUUAGGAUAGAGUAUGCUGUAGCAGAAGGUGCAAAGAAUGUGAUGAAGUUACUUGGAUCUGGGAAGGUCACUGACAGAAAGGCACUUUCAGAAAAGGCUCAAGCAAGAUUUAAUGAAUCAAGCCAGAAGUUGGACCUCUUGAAGUAUUCACUGGAACAGAGAUUGAAUGAACUCCCUAAAAACCAUCCCAAAAGCAGUAUUAUUAUAGAGGAGCUUUCAUUGGUCUCUUCACCCACGUUAAGUCCUCGUCAAAGUGUAAUAUCUACUCAGAACCAGUAUAGUACGCUGUCCAAGCCAGCAGCGUUAACAGGUACCCUGGAAGUGAGGCUGAUGGGCUGCCAGGAUAUCUUGGAAAAUGUCCCUGGCCGAUCCAAAGCCACCUCAAUUACGCUACCGGGUUGGAGUCCAAAUGAAGCCAGAACAUCUUUCAUUGGCAGAACCAGUAAAAUUAAAAGUGGGAGUAGCAGAAACCUUCUGAAAAAUGAUGACUUGUCCAAUGAAGUCUGUGCUGUACUGAAGCUGGAUAACACUGUGGUUGGUCAAACUAGCUGGAAGCCUAUUUCCAAUCAGUCCUGGGAUCAGAAAUUUACACUGGAACUAGACAGGUCACGUGAAUUGGAAAUCUCUGUUUAUUGGCGUGACUGGAGAUCUUUGUGUGCAGUCAAGUUCCUGAGGUUGGAAGAUUUCCUGGAUAACCAGCGGCAUGGCAUGUGUCUCUAUCUUGAACCCCAGGGUACCCUGUUUGCAGAGGUUACAUUUUUUAAUCCUGUUAUUGAAAGAAGACCAAAACUCCAGAGGCAGAAGAAAAUCUUUUCAAAACAGCAAGGCAAAACAUUUCUCAGAGCUCCUCAAAUGAAUAUUAACAUUGCCACUUGGGGAAGGCUGGUGAGAAGAGCUAUUCCUACAGUAAAUCACUCUGGCACCUUCAGCCCUCAAGCACCAGUGCCUGCUACUGGGCCAGUGGUUGAUGCAAACAUUCCUGAGCUCACACUGCCAGCCAGUGACUCUGCUGUGGCCAAGUUGGACUUUGAACUUGAGCCUGAGCCUCCACCUGCUCCACCACGUGCAUCUUCCCUUGGGGAAAUAUGUGAGUCUUCCUCUGAGAUAAAGGCUCCUGAUGUGCCAUCUCAGGAUGAAGUAACAACUUUUGAUUUUGAAAAUGGCAGAAAUAGUAUUGUCCCAAAACUCCAGCCUGAAAUAAUAUGUGGGUCUGAUGCUCCCCAUUCAGACAUAAAAUAUACCAACACCCGAGAGCCUGAAGACAGAAGAUCACAACAACGAUUUCAAUUCAGUCUGAAGGAUUUCAGAUGUUGUGCUGUACUGGGCAGAGGACAUUUUGGAAAGGUGCUGCUGGCAGAGUACAAAAACACAAAUGAGAUGUUUGCUAUUAAAGCCUUAAAGAAAGGAGAUAUUGUCGCUCGUGAUGAAGUGGACAGCUUGAUGUGUGAAAAGCGAAUAUUUGAAACUGUGAAUAGUGUAAGGCAUCCCUUCUUGGUGAACCUAUUUGCUUGUUUCCAAACCAAAGAUCAUGUUUGCUUUGUAAUGGAAUAUGCUGCUGGUGGGGAUCUGAUGAUGCACAUUCAUACUGAUGUCUUCUCUGAACCCAGAGCAGUAUUCUAUGCUGCAUGUGUGGUUCUUGGACUUCAGUAUUUACACGAACACAAGAUCGUGUACAGGGAUUUGAAGUUGGAUAACUUAUUGCUGGACACAGAAGGCUUUGUGAAAAUUGCUGACUUCGGUCUUUGCAAAGAAGGAAUGGGAUUUGGAGACAGAACAAGCACAUUCUGUGGCACACCAGAAUUUCUUGCUCCAGAGGUGCUGACAGAAACUUCCUAUACAAGAGCUGUGGACUGGUGGGGUCUUGGUGUACUUAUCUAUGAGAUGCUAGUGGGUGAGUCUCCUUUCCCUGGAGAUGAUGAAGAAGAGGUGUUUGACAGUAUUGUAAAUGAUGAAGUAAGAUAUCCACGGUUCCUGUCUACAGAGGCCAUCUCUAUAAUGAGACGGUUGCUACGAAGAAAUCCAGAGCGGCGUCUUGGUGCUGGAGAGAAAGAUGCUGAGGAUGUGAAAAAGCAUCACUUCUUCAGGCUAAUAGAUUGGAAUGCUUUACUGGCCAAGAAAGUGAAGCCUCCUUUUGUACCCACCAUUAGAGGACGAGAAGACGUUAGUAAUUUUGAUGAUGAAUUUACCUCUGAAGCACCUAUCCUCACUCCACCUCGUGAACCCAGGAUACUUUCAGAAGAAGAGCAGGAAAUGUUCAGAGAUUUUGAUUACAUUGCUGAUUGGUGUUAACUUCCAGACACUGUGAAACCCCAGCUGACUGGCUCACAAGAAUGCCUCUCUCAGAAGAAUACCCACUCUUCUAUUGCUCUCUGUGCCACCUGUAGCUUGGUUUGUCUUUUUAAAUCACAUGAAGAUCCUUUCAAGUACUGUUUUGACACUCUUGUGAAGAGUGGCCUCUUUGUAUAUUGUUUUUUAUCUGAGCACUGGAAAGCAGGUCUAUGGAAUUCUUGAGUUGGUGAACCCAGCUGUAUUAAGCUUCCCACACAUGGGCACACAUGGGGUCUGCACUGUUUCUCUCACAGCAGAUCACAUCACUUCUUAAAGUGUCUGCCUUAACAUGGGGAAAGCAGACUCUGAGCUAGGCGAUCACUGAUCUCUGCUCAGCCACACAGAGAUAGAAGUUUGGGAUCUUGAUGACACUCGCACAGAACAUGGCUCUAGCUGGAGAAGGCAAAUGAUUUCAAUUAACACAUUACUGUGUGCAGUCUAUAAAACUACACGUUUCUAUGUACACCCUCAUCUUGCAUUCUUAAAAUAACGGUAUGGAGAACAGAUAUGCCUUGUUUUGUAAAUUUUCUAUGGUAUUUAUUAGGGAAACUGUUAAACGCCUUGCCUUUGAGAUAACAACAGUGUAAGUGCUUCCAUUACAACAAAGAAAUCGACAAAACCCCGGAAAGUUUACCAAAGCCACUUGCCAAACAGUUUUGCCUUUAAGCUCUUUAAGCAUGGCUUAAAACCCUGGUUGAUCUGAAGAAUGUGAGGAGGAUGUUGCUCAGUCUAACCCCACAGAGCAAAAUGUAUGCAUUUUCCAAGCCACUUCUGUACUCAACCCCAUGCCUUUCCCAUUCACUGGGUGGACAGCUAAGUUAAGCAGUCUGUAUUUAACCACCUAGAUCAUCCUCUAUCUGCUGUACAAUAUCAUAUCACUCUUAGAAAGCAGAAAGAUUUUCAAUGUAUACAUGCUGUGAACAUGUAUAUUUGGAAGUUGUAAUGUAUUCUUAUGUCCAGGCAAGUAAUUUAAUUAUACCACUUCAUUAAUGUUAAGCAGUGGCCAAGUGAACAUCCUGCAACUCAGUGAAAAAAUACUUGUUAAUGUAUAGGCCACUGACCUCCAGAACACAGAUUGGGUAAAAGCAAUAUGUUGUAACAGAAUGUAUAAAUAUUUUUGAUAAAAAACAGUGUAUAUUUUCUAAGCCCCCCAACACUAAACACUGUACCUCAAAAGUUGACAAAUAACUUAGACCAGACACUGUGCAUACUUGUAUAACCCAAGACCUGGUUUUGGCAUCUGGUGUUCUGUAACUUCUGCAUGUGGUCCUUUGGCUCCAGCAUCACUUGGAGCUGUUUGCAGAUGUCCUCGCCCAGGUUCAUCCCAGCCAGGAGUUUGCUGUUCAAGGGCUAAGACAGUGAGACUCGGCACUCAACUGGAUGCAAAACUAUGAAUGAAUAAAAUUACAAGAAGAAAUGUGAGCCACUGGAGAGUGCAGCACUGAGGUGGUGGUUUAGAAUCAUGAUGCUGGACAGACCUGCAUGGGAGAGGCUUUGGGAGGAAAUCACUGGUUACUAGGUGCAAGUGCUGCGCCCCUGGGAACAAGGCAGGCAGCUUCCCCACGCUCCACACGAUGUCUGGCAGCGCGGCCACUUCUCAGCAUCACUUGUUUCCAGACUGUGAUCAGUAAGCAAACAAAUCAUGUUCCUGUAUCCAGCUGAAACCAAGACUUUUGAGGUACAGUCAGCUCGCCCUUCUUGGUUCCCAAAUAUAUAUAUAUAUAUCUGAGCACCUAACAGGGUGCUUAACACUUCUGAAAGUAUCCUCAAAAAAUACCAUUUUUGUAACUACAUCUUGUACAGAAAUUUUUUUAAUCUAAGUAAAUCACACAAAAAAAAAAAAGGGCAAAAAAAAUUAGAGGGCAGGGUCUGUUCACCCAGGUAAGCUGAAAAAAAGCACUAAUUUUAUCUCUGUAGUUUUUAAAGUAUUUUUAGGCAGAUUAAGAUUUUAAACCCUAGAUUGUAAAUAUAUUUUGCUAUACUUUAUCUGUAUGUGGCUGCUCAAGCACUUUGUAAGGAAAUUAGGAUUAUUUUAGAAUGGUACACUAUGCAUUAAAAUGAAAUGUGCCUUUAACAAAUGUCAUUCUAAGUGUUUUGCAGUCAUUAAUAUCACAAAUUAAAGUUUUAAAUAGAGUAAUUUGUAAAA